ACCUUCCCGCGAUACGUUCACCUUUCCAGGAGAAAGAAGAAGCAAGGCCGUUGCUAUGGAACUGUUGAUAAACGAGUAAGCUCGUUAGCUUAGCUAGUUCGUUUACCACAAAUGUUCUAUAAGACACAGUAUUAUAUAGCAACAACUUAACGAAAUACUGAACCAGAAAAGUUAGACCAAUAGUAACUUAUCUUAUCAUUUUGUAAGCGUGUGUGGCUGGUUCAUAGACGCUAGCUGAAUUAACAUUACAGCUGACAAUGGCUUACGCACUGCCUCCCAAAAAGACAGGACUGCCACGAGAAGUUCUGAAGUGGCUCCAAAGCCUGGAUUUGUCAUUUUCUCCAAAGAAUAUGCGCAGGGAUUUCUCCAAUGGCUACCUUGUGGCAGAGAUGUUCUCCUGGUAUUAUCAUGAAGACUUCCCCAUGCACUCCUACAACAAUGGGACAUCACUUCCAACCAAACAGGGCAACUGGGCACAAAUAGAGAGGUUUCUAGUGAAACAGAACAUCCAUCUGCAAAAGGAAGUUCUGGACGGGACCAUCCACUGCAAGCCAGGAGCAGCGGAGCUUCUAGUGCAAGAGAUUUACACCAUCUUAACUAACAGGAGGAUCAAAGGGAUCCAGGGCAGGGAGAUUGACUUCACAGACAGGGACUACCAGGACCAGCUGCCCAUGCUAGCUCGGGCCACAGCCUCCAAGGCCAUCAAGAACAACCUGCGGCUGACCGAGGUCAUAGCCGAGCCCAACAUCUCCACCAAUCAGAGGAAGGUGCAGGCCAUCAUCCACAUGCACCUGGAGCAGAGGGCGGCCGAGAGAGUCCAGAACCCCAAGCGCUUCAACGUGAAGCCCACCUUGGGAGAACUGGCCGUGAGACUGCCCCCAUCUUCUCACCACGGAGAUGACAGCUCCGAUAGCAACGCCUCAGUACAAAGUGGAACCGCAAAGUCACGUGAACCAUCCAUCAGGAGUAAAGCCAGUGUCCAUUUCAAGGAGAUUGAGGUGCGUCAGACGGACAGACGCUCGCUGAUUGCAAUUUAAAAGGCCAGGAUAUUCAGCCGUUUGGUGUGUAUUUGUGAGAGAUGCCUCUGAUACGAUACCUCUAAUAAAAUUACCUUUAUACCUCUAUUCCUCUAAUAAAAGUACCUUUAUACCUCUAUUCCUCCAAUAAAAGUACCUCUAUACCUCUAUUCCUCUAAUAAAAGUACCUCUAUACCUCUAUUUCUCUAAUAAAAGCACCUCUAUACCUUUAUUCCUCUAAUAAAAGCACCUCUAUACCUCUAUUCCUCUAAUAAAAGCACCUCUAUACCUCUAUUCCUCUAAUAAAAGCACCUCUAUACCUCUAUUCCUCUAAUAAAAGUACCUCUACCUCUAUUUCUCUAAUAAAAGCACCUCUAUACCUUUAUUCCUCUAAUAAAAGUACCUCUAUACCUCUAUUCAUCUAAUAAAAGUAGCUCUAUACCUCUAUUCCUCUAAUAAAAGUAGCUCUAUACCUCUAUUUCUCUAAUAAAAGUACCUCUAUACCUCUAUUUCUCUAAUAAAAGCACCUCUAUACCUUUAUUCAUCUAAUAAAAGUAGCUCUAUACCUCUAUUCCUCUAAUAAAAGUAGCUCUAUACCUCUAUUUCUCUAAUAAAAGUACCUCUAUACCUCUAUUUCUCUAAUAAAAGUACCUCUAUACCUUUAUUCCUCUAAUAAAAGUUCCUCUAUACCUCUAUUUCUCUAAUAAAAGUACCUCUAUACCUCUAAUAGAAGUACCUCUUUGAACGAAUAUAAGUACAGCAGUUCUCAAUGACUAUCUUGCAAGAUAUUACCUUAGGGGUGUUGUUUUACUAGUUAUUCACUAGUCCAUUAGUUACAGUACUUCAACCAUUAGUAGUUGCUCUAAAAUGACAAUUUCAGGGGGUUACCAGUAGGUGGCGGUGCUGUGUCUGGUUUAUAAUCAUGGGUGAGGCAGGUUGAAAAUCAAAGCACGAUCAACGGUCAUUUUGAUAAAUGCAUUCUGUAUUAUAGAUCUGUGCUUUUCACAAAUGUCUGUUAACAUUCCAUUUAUUACCUUCUCAGCAAUGACUAACAAUGGACAAUAUAUUGUCUGCUCAUCUC